CUCGAACGAUUAACGAUUUGUAUGUUGAUUGCUUUAUAGAAUAGCGAGGGAAGCGAUCUAUGUAACUUGUUGCUAACAAAAGUGAUGUGGCUCUAAUUUAAUUGUGUUGAUUCCGAGUGCAAACUUAGGAAAAUUUAUGAAAAUAUUUUCAUAUAACAAAAGUUCUAGUCCUUGAAAAAUUAUGAAAAAAGUUGUGUUGAUUUCGAUGGGGUAAAUUGCAAGGUUGGUCACUAGAAGUACUAAAAAAUUCAUGUUUGGUCACUAAAAGUAUUUGAUUCCAUUCCUAAUCACUAAAAUUAGGUCUUCAGUUCAAAUUUGGUCUCUCUCCGUUAAAUUUAGCUGAUGUGGCUGUCAACUUUGAUAGUUGACCGUUAAAUGAAUGAUGUGACAAUUAAAAAAGAUUUUAAAAAAUAAAAUAUAAUUUUUUACAUUUUCCCCCUCAUUAUCACAUUCAUUAAAAAAAAAAAAAAACCUAACGUAAGUUAUAUCGUCAAUUGGGGGAGGGAGAUUACUGAAAGAGUUUGAGGCUAGAUCAAUGGGAUCCAAAGGGACAACGAUUUUCAGUUUGGGAGAGGCAAUAAUAGCAGCAAGUGAAGGCGGUUGCAUGGAAGAAGCUUCGUCGCCGCUGCCGCAGAUCUUGUGCGGCAAGGGCGGUGGCGAUGUGUAUGAUAGUAGGUACGCCCGCCGUCUCUGGCUCAAGCUAGUCUUGUUGGCCUCCCCUUCAAUUGAAUCACUCCCAAUAUCAGCAAACUCAUAUGGCGGCGAGCCGGCGAGCUCGAAUUUGGGAACAAGGGAGGCUCCGACAUCACCGUAACUGCCGCUCUCCCCAACGAGGUUGGAUUCUUGACUUGAGUUUGUAGUGAAACCCAUAUUGGUCUCCGACUUCUUCGCUUCAAUUGAAGCCUGAAUCCGAGUUGUUUAAACUCAUAUUCGACCGGUGAAUCUUUCUAGCGGUUAACGGCAGAGUCGAUUAUGAGAAGGAGGGAAACAAAACCCCAUUGAGAGGAGACAGUCAACGUUGAAGUCUAAGCCGAUUUGGUGGUGAGGUUGCGAAGUGCGAUUCAGACCUCCUUCAGGAUAGCCACGGGCUCCCUCGCCGCCACUUCUUCUUCCCUUGAAUCGACGGCGCCACCUCAGGAUCGUCCUCCUCCUCUUCCUCCUCCAACUCGCCCCUUCAUCCAUCGAAUCCCGACAGUUUCUCCCGCUCUCCUACCCCAGCUUCACCAUUCGGAAGUGAAUCCCCCUCCGCCACCCCUGAUCGAAUUCCCUUCGGGGGAAUUCGGCUGCAGCCUGCAGGACAAUCGACAGUGACUCCCGAACCUGUUUUGGAUUGCAGAAAAUUAUUUUUAUAGUUUUUAAAAUGAUGUGAAAACUGUAAAAGUUUAAAUUUUAUUUAUUAUUUAUUUUUUAAUCGCCACGUCAUUCAUUUAACGGUCAACUAUCAAAGUUGACUGCCACAUGAGCUAAAUUUAACGGAGACUAACGGAGAGUGACCAAACUUCAACUGAAGACCCAAUUUUAGUGACUAGGAAUAGAAUAAAAUACUUUUAGUGACCAAACGUGAAUUUUUUAGUACUUCCAGUGACCAACCUUGCAAUUUACCCAUUUCGAGUGCAAACUUAGGAUUAUACGAGGUUUACCGAAUCACAAAAUGACUGACUUGCAACAGCAAAAGCCCUUUUUCUGCGUUGAUGGAGGCUUGAAGAUGCGAAGAUCUAGCAAAGUUGUAGGAAAUAAAGAAUCUUUUUGCGUAGAUCGGAUAAUCGAGCACAAAGUUACGACCAUUUGAAGUUGGAACGUAUGUAAGGUGAAACUUGCUGGAGUCUGCAACAAUUUCGGAGCUAGAUCGCUGCGGACUGUAGUGACCAAUUGUUCAUCGCUCCCCCGUACAAUGAUCAAUCCUGCUUCGCUUUUGUUCAUAGCGAUCCACGUGAAGCUCGCUCGAGACUCUCGAGCGAGUUGGUCAAUACAUGUGUAGUGCGCAA